AUGCUCCUCAGCUCGUUCUCUUUCAUUCUCUUAUCCUUUCUCUCGACUCAAACCGUUGAGGCCUACACAUGGGCGUUCGAUAAUCCUCCUAGUCAAUGUGGCCCACUUUCCGUAUCCAUCACCGAUGGGACCGGUGGAAAUCCGCCCUUCGAGCUUGUGAUCAUUCCGUAUGGUCCAACUCCACUAUUCAGCGUUGAAGUCCGAACGGUCCAAACGAUCACAUUCAAUACAAGUACGAACCUGAACUUCACUUUGAAUUAUCCAGCUGCAUCACAGCUAGUUGCCAUCAUGAGCGACCAAAACGGGUUCGCAACAGGGGGAACGAGCGCAGUGUGGACUGUAGAGGCUCCUGCAGCAGGCAGUGCAGAAUGCUUUGACCCGAGCCAAGAGGCCGCCCAGGCUUGGGAGUUCUUUUUCGACCCGGCAGACGGCUUUAUUCGCAGUUGCGAGUCCUAUCAAGUUGGAUGGGUUGGGAGGAAUUCGAAUGUCACAGGGACUCCCUUUUUCUCUGGAGUUAUACCCUCCGGCCAAUCUUUCAGCAUCAACUCGACGUUCUCCGGAUCUGGAUUCAGUUCGACGGGAUUUACUUGGACCGUUCCCGUCAACGCGGGCACGGACCUCAUACUUCUUUCGGGAGAUGAACGCGCCAUUGGGACCGGGGGCUAUGUCGAUUACAAGGUGCAGCCUCCCAGCAGCACUUCCAUCACCACUUGUGUCACGUACAUGCCCUCUGCGACAUCGGGUAUACCGGCUGGUGGGUAUCCCAAUGGUGCUUCUACUUCAUCGACGUCCACAAACAACACGGUACAUACGCAGAACGUCGGUGCUAUUGCUGGGGGUAUCGUUGGCGGUAUUGCGGGACUGGUCUUGGUAUCGGCUUCCCUUGCAUUUAUCUUGCGACGUCGACGGAGACGGCAGCCAGUUGAUCUGGGUGACGAACAACCAGCCUUCGUCACGGGAGAGUUGUCAACCAUCACUUCCCCGACGCCGUUUGACCCGCAGAGUCUUUAUAGCACCUCGCAUGGUACCGAUUCCGAACACCCAUAUUCGUUGACUGAAUCGUCUCUACCGUCACCACCAUUCCAAAACUUUCGUCCGAUGUCAGAUUCAUCUUCGGCCUCACACAAGCGCAAGAUCCCUGUACCGCCUUCGAAUACUUCACAAGUGACCUUCGUUCGACAUGUGGACUCAGGGAGGGUAGAGAUGUCGGAGGCAGAGACAGAGCCAGAAACGAUCGAACUCCCGCCGUUGUAUGACCAUAGUUUCAGAGACAGAGGCGAAGAUGAAAGCUCUAGUUCGUGA